AUUCCAUUCCUUCAUGUACAAAUGAAUGGCACCUUGUGAUUCUUCAUUCACACACUGCCCAGUUUCCAAAACCAUAUAGAAAACCACCCUUCCUCUCCAAAACCUGGAGUUUUGGUUACUCAUGGUUCCUGAUCAAUUAGAGAAGCCGCGUAUCAUGGAGAUACAGGUCCGGAUGGACUGUAAUGGCUGCGUGCAGAAGAUCAAGAAGGCAUUGCAUGGAAUUAAAGGUAUAUAUGAUGUCUAUAUCGAUUUACCACAACAAAAGUUGACAAUCGUUGGGUGGGCCGAUCCUGAAAUGAUCAUCAAAGCCAUUAAGAAGACAAGAAAGAUUGCCACCAUUUGUGUCCACACAGAAGCAAGUGAACCUCAACCACAAACCCCACCAGCACCAGCUGAAAGCAACCCACCGGCCCCAGAUGCCACCAAUCCGCCACCAAUCGAGCCUCUACCCUCAGAACAAACUCCACCGGCCGAGCCCGCUAAAGAACCAUCUCCACCGGAAAAUCCACCCCAAGAGGCAACCCCAUCAACCGCGCCAACCGAUACAGCUCCAAGACAACCGGUGGGCCCAUCGGAGCCUAAGGACGUCGAAGCGGUCCACAUAAUACACCAUCACCCACACGACUACGGAUACGGUGGGCCAUGGAACACAUACCCUAGCAGCCACGUGUACCGCCAAGAAACUCCACAAUAUGUUACUCACAGCUACAACAACUACAGACCAUCACCACACAUUUCAGCUUAUGUAUCUGAUCAUGGGUACCCUCAGUCACCACCACAAAACAUACAUUACAGUAGGACAGAACACUAUGUCGACGAGUACCAAGGCCGGAGCAAUGGCGAUGGGAAUAACAUUACUUCUAUUUUCAGUGACGAGAAUCCGAAUGCAUGCAUAAUAGCAUAGAGAUAAGUAGGUUAAUGAGAUGGGGUUUUUGGUUGUGGUCUCUUAGAUUUUAUGGACAGUUAAUGAUGUAAAUUAGUAUAAUAAUAGUAUUCUUGGGUGUCUUAAGGAGUAAUGAGAAUUUGCGAAAGGGUGGGAAAGUAGAAUAAGAUUCUUAGCUUGAAUGGACAAGAGAAUUUAUACUGCAUUCCACUACUAUGGCUGGCAAUGUUCUAUCUGUGAAUAAUCCUAUAAAGCUAUUGUUCCAUC